AUGAGGAGCGAGAUCGUGCGGAAGACUACGACGGCGGAGGAGGAGGUGGAGAGAAAAGAUGAGAGGCGGAGGAAGGCGGAGGAGGAGGAAGAUGAGUACGUAGUGGAGGAUGUUAGAGAUCACGGGAGUUUAGAGAAACGACGGAGUGUGUUCACAUUGUUGGCUUGGGACAUGGGGAUGGAUUCAACUCACAGGGGUUUCAACAGAGACAAAGUCAUCGAUGGCAUCAAAGGCUUCUCUCAUGGUCUGUUCAUCCAUCCACGAAACAGAUGGUACCGGGCUUGGGAGAAGUUCAUAUUAAUAUGGGCAGUGUAUUCCUCUUUCUUCACACCUAUGGAAUUUGGGUUCUUCAGGGGAUUGCCCAAUCAUCUCUAUUUAUUAGAUAUUUUUGGUCAGACGGCCUUCUUCAUCGACGUUUUCCUUCAGUUCUUUGUUGCUUACAGAGACAGUCUGACUUACAAGAUGAUCUUUAACCGAAACCUCAUUGCUAUUCGGUACCUGAAAUCUCAUUUCAUUUUUGAUUUACUUGCCUGCAUGCCUUGGGAUAAUAUUUAUAGGGCUUCUGGGAGAAAAGAAGAAGUGAGAUACCUUUUACUGAUAAGGUUGGUGCGGGCACGAAAGGUUCUUGACUUUUUCUCCAAGUUGGAGAAGGACAUACGGGUCAAGUAUUUGUUUUCGAGGAUUAUAAAACUUAUUGCUGUUGAGCUGUACUGCACACAUACGGCAGCAUGCAUAUUUUAUUAUUUGGCUACAACUCUACCCGCUAUUGAAGAAGGAUACACAUGGAUUGGCAGCCUGAAACUUGGUGAUUAUAGCUACUCAAACUUCAGAGACAUUGAUCUUUGGAACCGCUAUGUAACAUCCUUAUAUUUUGCAAUUGCUACUAUGGCAACAGUGGGUUAUGGUGAUAUUCAUGCAGUCAAUUUGAGAGAGAUGAUAUUUGUAAUGAUUUACGUCUCAUUUGACAUGGUUCUUGGUGCUUAUUUGAUUGGUAACAUGACAGCUUUAAUUGUGAAAGGAUCAAAGACAGAACGAUACAGGGAUAAAAUGACUGAUCUCCUUAAAUAUAUGGACAGAAAUAGACUAGGGAGAGACUUACGCAAUGAAAUAACAAGUCACUUGCGGUUACAAUAUGACAGCAACUACACUGAUUCUGCUGUCAUUGAAGACCUUCCAAGCUCUAUCCGUGCCCAGAUAUCUGAAACUCUCUAUAAGUCAUACAUUGAAAAGGUUUCUCUUUUCAGGGGAUGCUCUUCGGAAUUCACCAAUCACAUUGUAACUAGAGUGCACGAAGAGUUUUUUCUUCCAGGGGAAAUAAUAAUGGAACAAGGGAUUGUGGUUGAUCAACUUUAUUUCAUAUGUCAUGGCAAGCUGGAAGAGGUUGUUGUAUGUGAAGAUGGAUCAGAAGAAACAGUAUCAACUCUAAAACCUCACGACUCUUUUGGAGAUGUUUCCACUCUAUGCAACAUUCCCCAGCCAUACACAGUUCGAGUUAAUGACCUUUGUCGACUUUUGCGGCUUGAUAAACAAUCUUUCUCUAAUAUCCUUGAGAUAUAUUUUCAAGAUGGACGAAAGAUUCUGAACAAUCUACUAGAGGGUAAAGAAAGUGAUAGUCGCAUGAAGCAUUUGGUGACAGAUAUCACAGCUCAUAUUGGAAUGCAAGAGGCAGAACUUGCACUGAGGGUCAAUAGUUCAGCCUAUAAUGGAGAUUUAACUCAGCUAAAAAGCUUACUUCGAGCUGGAGCUGAUCCAAACAAGAAAGAUUAUGAUGGAAGAUCACCACUGCAUCUUGCUGCAUCAAAAGGACACAAAGAUGUCACUGUUUUCCUUAUUCAAGAAGGCGGAGAAGUUAACAUUUCAGAUAACUUUGGAAACACACCGUUACUAGAAGCCAUCAAGAACGGACAUGAUAACAUUGCUUCCUUACUAGUCAAAGAAGGGGGAUCAUUGAAGAUAGAUGAUGCAGGUAGUUUCUUGUGUUCAUCUGUGGCAAGAGGGGACAUAGAUUUUAUCAGACGGAUCCUGUCAAAUGGUAUCGAUCCAAACUCAAAAGAUUAUGACUUCCGAACUCCACUUCAUGUCGCCACCUCACAAGGAUCUUAUAUAAUAGCAAAGUUGCUAGUUGAAGCUGGGGCUAGUGUUCUGUCAAAGGACAGAUGGGGUAACACACCUCUUGAUGAAGCCAAAUUAUGUGGAAACAAGAUAUUGAUCAAACUAUUGGAAGAAGCCAAAUCGUUUCAGAUGUCAGAAUUCCCUUCAUGCUCUCAAGGACCAACAGUGACAGAUAAAACAACACGAAAGAAAUGUACCAUAUAUCCAUUUGAGCCAUGGGAGCCAAAGGAUCAAAACAAAUAUGGAGUUGUAUUAUGGAUUCCAGACACCAUUGAUGAGCUUAUGAAAUCAGCAGCAAAUCAUUUGAUGUUGGAGGUUUCUUCCACUCGUUGUAUCAUAACAGAAGAUGCAGGUAAAAUUGUUGAUGUGGAUAUGAUUACAGAUGGGCAAAAGCUCUACUUAAUCACUAUUGAAGCUUGACUUAUAUGUAUAAUCUUCAUCAUGUGAUGAUGCAAAUUUUGCCAAGUCUGUGAGAUCAUCAUUGUAUAUUGUUCUCCAUUCAUAUGUUAUUGUUAUCGUCAAU